GAUCAUUUUGGGAUGUUGAACCUCUGAACCUUCCAACCCCUGAAGUCUGACGCAACACUGCACCUCGCAGAGAGUGUGCCAACGGGUCUGGUGGCUCCACAAUAACUGGCCCUCUUUCCCCCGAGGCAAAGCUAUAGGAAUGGGGAAGAUUGAUUGUGCGUUGCGUUUUGGAGGAAGAUCGCAUGCGUGCGGUCAGUAGCCUAGCAGCGAGCCAGUGCACAAGUGACCCGGCCUCCCUCUCACAUUACGCCCUAUAUAUAACAUCCCCCCUCCUCGUCCUCCUCCCACCCUCUCUCCCUCUCUCUCUCCCUCUCUCACUACUUCCCUGGAACCACUCCGGACUCGGCUGUCUCUCCUCUCAUCUGCUUUUCCUCUUGGUCUAGCGUCUCUCUCUGCGUGCUGACACCCGAACUCCAGCCUAGCCCAGCCUGUGUUUACCCUCUCUGUGCCUGGCAACGGGCUGCAUGCUCCGGAUUACCGGAGGCCCUUCCUUUCAACACGACGCGCUCUGCCUCUCUUCAGCUUCCUACACUCAGUCUCCCUGGGAACUAACGGGGUCCCGCCAGAGGUGCGAGAGGAGAGUUGUGGAGGAGAGCCGUGACUUGAGACUCCCCAGUCCUUCCGCCUUCCACAGCUGGCUACGGUCCUCUCCUGCUCCGUCCGGGGGAGCCUUCUCCGACUUUGCGAUACUCCAUCGGUCCGCAGCGUGGUUUCUCCCCGUCGUUCCCGGGCGGUUCCGUGUGAGGCAGCCUCAGGGGGGUUUCGUCCAACCGGGUGGAUCUCCCGGAGCACUGUGAUGGAUCACUCCCUCUUUGGGUGCCUCCGUAGCCCCCACGCCCCGGCCCAGGCCCUGCACCCGCACCCUGCCUUCGCCCAGUCCCCGCUGGCGCUGCACGGACGCUCCGACCACGUCUCCUACCCCGACCUGCCCGGUUCCUCGCCUCCCUGCGGGGGGUACUCCGGACCCGGGGAGGAUGGGGUGUACGGAGGACACCUGCCCCAGCAACACCCUCACCACCCGCAGCACCAGACCCACCAGACCUCUUGGCACAUCCCCCCGAUGCCCUCGCCCAACACCAGGCACGGCCUCUGCCUGGCCCCGCAGGACAGCCAAGCCUCCGGUCUGUGUGGCUCCGGUGCCAACCCGGGUCUGGGAGGAGGUGGUGAUUCCACAGGUGUAUCCUGUGCCUCCGGGGACUCUGGCCGACAGACGAUGUCCCCCGACGAGACGGAACGGAGGCGCAACGGUAAAGGGAAGAGUGACAGCUCGGAUUCCCAGGACGGGAGCUAUAAGUCUGAUGUGAGCAGCAAACCCAGGAAGGAGAGGACAGCGUUCACCAAGGAACAGAUCAGGGAACUGGAGUCGGAGUUUGCACACCACAACUACCUGACCAGACUGAGGCGAUACGAGAUCGCUGUCAAUCUUGACCUCACAGAGAGACAAGUGAAGGUGUGGUUCCAAAACAGACGGAUGAAAUGGAAGCGUGUUAAAGGGGGUCAGCAGGGGGCGGUGGCCCGGGAGAAAGAACUGGUCAACGUGAAAAAGGGAACGCUGUUACCCUCUGAGUACUCUGGCAUGGUGGGAGGACUACACCACUCCGUCAGCUCCCCUGGUAACGAGGACAGUCACGACAGCGACCUCAGCUCUGAGCACGCUCAGUUAUGACCCCUGAUCCGCAGCACAAAUGUCAUGUUUGCGACAAUUCGGACAAACAUCUAAAAAUGCAGCGAGUCGAUGAGAUCAUCUUGCAUUUGUAGGUAGCUAGCUCAGUUCUUUGGAUUCUAGUCAGAACUCAAAGGAAACAUAUGGGCCUGUGUACUCAAUAUCCUCAGAGGAGAGGAAAAACACGUAGGCCUACUCGAGAACCAGCGACAGCAGGUGUUCCAACUGAAGGUGUUUCUUGACUGGCAAAUCGUUGAAGGGAGGAAAAAGAUCAAACAAAAGGUAAGGAAGAAGAAGGAAUGGAAGGAGGAUAGAAGGAAUUUGUGAUGUGUUGCUUGUGAGCAAAUCCACAAGCUCCUGAGACUGUAUAUUAGGAAUACAAUUGGUUGUUAUUGUGAACAUUCCAUACGUGCCUUGCAUUGAUUGAAUGGCUUGGACUUUUGCACUGUCAAAUGUAAAAUUCUACUGUAUUUACUCAGUUUGGAUUGCAAAAAUCAUUCAAUGAAUUUUAGGUAAACAUUUGGAAUUUAUUUGAGCUAUGCUGUUUAACUUAACAACGUAACUGAAUGACACAUUUAAGUAAAAUUCAUAAUGACCAUUGAUGCAUCGCUUUUAAAAAUCCUAAAAGUUUACUUUUUUUGUGAAAGAAUUAUAAUAAUU